AUGUUUUCUUCAGAACGAGUCAGUUCUACGAACAUGACGUGUGGCUUGAAAGUGGACACUCGGUGUAAAGGAUGGGAUAGAACUAUGGGCAAAUUAUUGAAAAAAAUCAAAGGGGUGAGUUAUGAUUUGGAUGCAGAAGAAGGGAUGAUAUACAUAUCAGGAAAAGUGGAUCCACAGAAGAUAUUGAGCAAGAUAACCAAACAUGGGAAGCAUGCAGAGCUAUGUUGGAUGAAGACUGGAGAUCAGAAUCACGUCUUCAUGGAUGAAAGGGCACAUGUCCCUUAUGGAGGAGGGAUUAUGCCUAUACCCUCUUUGCCUCAGGGAGGGCACUUCCCUGUCAUGGAUGGUUCUCAUGUGCCUUAG